AUGGUUGAAUUCGUAGAUAUCAACGGUGCCCGACUGGCAUACCGUGUUGCCGGUCCAGAGAACGCACCUCUCAUGAUAACUCUUCACGGUGGCCGGGGAAUGGGUGAUCAUCGGUCGGACUUCAAGGUCUACAGCCAGCUAAGUGACAAGAUUCGAGUCUUGUCAUUCGAUUACCGCGGACAUGGGCAAAGCUCUUUGACCAAGCCGUACACAUUCGAGCAGAUCGUGGACGACAUCGAAGGCGUAAGGCAGCACUUUGCCGGUGAUAAGCAAGUCAUCAUCUGUGGUGGAAGCUUCGGCGGCUUUCUGGCGCAGCAAUAUGCGAUCAAAUACGCCUCUAAAGUUUCGCACUUGAUUCUCAGAGGCACUGCUGCAUCUCAUCACCAUGAGGCCGGGGCGAUCAAGACUCUGGAAGAGAGGAUACAUAAAGUUCCCAGCUUCUCUGUUGACAUGCUGAGAAACAAGGUCUUCGGAGCUUACGAGAGUGAUCGUGAGUUCCAGCUGAUCUAUUUCGCCAUGAUGCCACUCUAUCGGGAGGUCUUUGACCCGGAUGCGGCGCUGAAGAGCAAUCUGGACGGCGUUUAUGUGGCUGAAUCGCACAAUGAUCUAUACUCAGAGAAGGAGAAGUACUUCGACUACACAGACCGCUUGGCACAGAUUACCGCCAAGACGUUGGUGGUUGUCGGUGACAAGGACUGGAUCUGCCCUCCAGAAAACUCGAAGUUGAUUGCCGAGAAGAUCCCUGGGGCUGAGUUGUUUAUGGUUGAGAACGCGAAUCAUGGAGUGCACGCGGAGAAGCCGGAAGUGGUGCUCCCUAAGAUCCGGAGACACUUGAACAUUUAA